AUGAUCUCUUCUAUCGUCCUCUCUACGCUAGGGCUGGCGUCUCUUGCCGGUGCGAUCGCACCCCCUGUGCGCAGGUCUGCGUGCCCGAAAAAUACUGAGUCGACUUUUUUACAGUGCUGCGUUUGGUAUGAGGCCCUUGACGAUCUGCAAGCGAACGUGUUCAACGACGGCCAAUGCAUCGAGGAGGCUCACGAGGCCCUCCGUAUGACCUUCCACGACGCCAUCGGUUUCUCGCCCACCCUGGGCGGUGGAGGUGCUGACGGCUCUAUCAUGGCGCACGCCGAGGUCGAGCUUCUUGACCCCGCCAACGGCAACAUCGACGACAUCGUCAACCACCUCCAGCCGCUCGCCAUCAAGUACCCGGUUUCCUUCGGUGACUUCAUCCAGUUCGCCGGUGCCGUGGGCACCUCCAAUUGUAUUGGCGCCCCUCGUCUCGAGUUUCUGGCCGGUCGCUCAAACACCUCCCAACCUGCCCCCGCCGGCCUCAUCCCCGCACCGUUCGACAACGUGACGACGAUCCUCGCGCGCAUGGCGGACGCUGGGUUCAGUCCCGAAGAGCUCGUCGCGCUGCUGGCAUCUCACUCCAUCGCGGCUCGCGACGCUGUCGCCGACCCGAGCCAACACGCGCGCCCCUUCGACACCACCCCUGACGCCUUCGACGCCCAGUUCUUCGUCGAGACCCUCCUCGUCGGCAUCGCUCUCCCCACUGAGGGCAACGUCGUCGGCGAGUCUCCGUCCCCCCUUCUCGGGGAGAUCCGCCUCGCGUCCGACGGGCUGCUCGCGCGUGACCCGCGCACAUCGUGCGAGUGGCAGUCGUUCGUCACGGACCACACCGCGAUGAACGCCAAGUUCAAGGCGGUGAUGGCGAAGCUCGCGGUUGUUGGCCAGGACGUUGGGUCGCUGUACGACUGCUCGGAGGUGAUCCCGAUGCCGAAGGGUUUUGCGUCGGAGUCGGCGGUGAUCCCUGCGGGGAAGACGAUGGCGGACAUCGAGGGGUCGUGCGCGGGCACGCCGUUCCCGAAGCUCGCGACGCUCCCGGGGCCAGUGCAGCCCAUUCCUACCGUGUGA